UAAGGCUUGGUUCACAUAUGUGCAGGUGGUGCCACUGCGGAUCCGCAUGAAAAUCCGUGCAGCCACACCACCCACACAGAGGAAUGCGGACCCGCGGGUGGGUGCCAUUAGUUCUAAUGGCACGCCACCCGCACUGAAAAACACAACCGUACUGGGAGCCGAGGUUCCCAUGUGGGCUGCGUUUUUAGAAGAAGUGCAGGGACUUCUUCCCUGCGUGGCACGGCCGCAUUUAUAUGCAUACAGUGGAUGGGUGGUAAGCAGGGGCGGACUGACCAUUUGGAAACUC